AUGUCUCUUGGCUUUCAGCAUGGCUAUCGACACAUCGAUUCCGCCCAAAUGUACCGAAAUGAGAAUGCCGUGGGACAGGCGGUCAAAGAAAGUGGACUCAAGAGAGAGGAGAUUUUUAUCACUACCAAGUGUGCCUCGAGGUCCCAUGGCUACGAAAAGACUUUGGCUGGAGUUGAUGAAUCGCUAUCGAAAUUUGGAUUCGAGUAUAUUGACCUCUUUCUCAUCCACGACCCACUUUCUGGACCUGUAAAGCGAAUGGAGACAUACAAAGCGCUCCUGGAAUGUAGAGAUAAAGGAAAAAUUAAGAGCAUAGGCGUAAGCAACUAUGGAGUCAAACAUCUCGAAGAAAUCAAGCAAGCAGGCUUAGAGGCGCCGACGGUCAAUCAGAUUGAGCUUCAUCCAUGGUGCCAGCAGAAAAUUGUGGAAUAUUGCGAGAAAAAUGAUAUCGUUGUCCAAGCUUACUGCCCAAUUGUACGUGGUGAGAAAUGGGGACAUCCUGCAUUGGUAGAACUAUCUAAGAAGUAA